UCGGUAUGCCACUGGCUGUCCCUUCUCAAGAUGAUCUCACAGCGAGAGGAUUGUUUGAUUUUGAAAUUGAUGCCCCUCCCGACUAUUACGAUGGACCAAGUCUGAUCUCUGGUCGAGCUAUAUUCAGACCGACUCGAGCUUUUCCCUUGGCGAGCUUUGUCACUUCGCCCCCGACGUCUAUCACGCCCGAAAGCAUCCAUGGUCGAAAUGUCAGAGUCAGAUGGUUACAAAGGAGUGAAUGGGUUCAAGCGGCCAUCGUUGAACGACAAUUUCGGAGACUCGCUCAGACAACCGCUAUAGAUUGUCAAACGCUUGCUCGAAGCGGGGACAAUGUCUCGAAUUCAAGUCAAGGCACUGAAAUGGCCUCCUCCAACGAUGCGACAACCACCGAUACAGAUUUUGACCUUUGUCUGAAACUCCCUCAUAUAGUCGGAUUGGACACCGCCGUUCUGGCCUUUUGGGAAGAUAUCGAUGCAUUGUGGCUCGUGACAGAGGAAGACAAGCGACAAGAACCUGUAGAUACUUUGUUGCAGUAUUGGGAAGGGAUAUUCACGUUGCAUGACAGGGAUCCACUGUUGAGUUACAGUAAAGCGACCUUGUUGUUGGCCCAGCUGGCUCUAUCGUUCAAGGCAUUCAAUGAUCUCAAUCUAUCGCUUAUGGCCCGUCGACCGCGGGAUUUCGCCGUCCGUCCAGCACCUCAGCACUCUGUGGUCGUCCUUGACCUCUCAAACGUCUAUCCUCUGGCAGGUUUCGACCCAAUCAAGGCCCUAGCCAAUACCCCAGUCAGCGAUCAUCCACUCUUUCGACGUGACUACAUCUCCAAUCGUCCGCUAGGCGCCGAGUACGUCCAUCGUAACCUACGCUACUUGAGUCCGGAAGCUGUCAGCCAGAAACUCGCACUCGCCUCCAAUGACGUGUUCACAUUCGGUGCUGUCGCAUACGAAUUACUUGCCGGGCAUCCAUUCGGUCAUCAGUACGAUGACAAUGAUGUCGAUUUGCUCCAAGAUGUUCAUGCUCAUCUGACGUGGGAGGGACAACGACUGCCAAGUCAUCCGUCGUCAUUGGGUGAAGAUUUGCCCUCGUCGUCGUCGUCAUCACCAUCUUCGUCAUCAUUAUCGCCACCACCACCAUCGUCAUCAUCGCCACCCGACUCAUCCGCCCGAAACAAAGCCGAACCUGCCAUUCGGACGUUGUAUGCUAUCAUCUCCCGUUGUCUUUCACGGACUUUCUCCGAGCGCUAUGCCUCGCUCGAUUCGGUGGCGCACGAUCUCGGUACACUGGCUCGGACGUGCAUGUUGGAGAAUUGGCGAGAUAUCCAUGUCGCCGCUGCCGAUGCUCAAAGCAGAUUUUCAUUGCCUCGAGAGCCCGUUGGAUUCGCUCACCAUCUCGAAGCGUUAGCAACCUGUUUCCAGCAAAGAGACUCGACGCUCUCUGUCAAUGUGCUGGGUGCCAGCGGCAGUGGCAAGACUCGACUGGUCUCGCAUUGGGUUAAACGUCUCCGUCACGAUGGACAAGCUAGAAUCGCUUAUGCCAAGGUGGAUGAACAGAUCCAACCUCCAGCUACCACAUUCACUCAAAUUUUCGACACUCUCGUCACCCAAGUCAUGACGGACGCACAGGCAGAACCUCAUGUUUGGCCACAACGCAUACGGGAUAUCUGGGGUUCAGCUCUGCCCAUCUUGCUCAACCUUCUCCCUGAUACGUCGCGUUUAUUGGUUCUAGAUGGAGAUGGAAUGCCGACAACGACAGCGCUCGAAUCAACGAGCAUGUCCAUGGUAUUUGAGAGCAAGGCGAGGGAUUUUUUACAACUCUUCGCGAGCGAAGACACGCCCCUGGUCAUCGUGAUCGAUGACCUACAGUGGGUCACGGACUCAGAAAAGGAAACGUGGCGCGUCGUCCUCAAUUCUACCUCCGCUCAGAUCCACCACGUCUUCCUCGUUUGCGUCUCGAUGAUCCAACCGAACUUGUUGCUUGGCAUCUUUACUGAACAUCCGGGAAUCGUUUUAUCGCCUUUCACCGAGUACGAAGUGAGGACUUUCGUUCUGAGCUGCUUCAAGAGUCCAGUAGAGGACAUCGAUGUGCUAUCAAAGCUGCUAUUCGAAGACACGGGAGGACUUCCUCUCCAUCUGGUAUCCCUGAUCACCACGCUUGUUCGAGAACGCGUCCUCUCAUUUCAAUUCGAUUCCCUCAACUGGACGGUCGAUCUCGAAGGCCUUCAAUCCCGUCUCACAUCUCGCGGUCUGGACUCUUAUUUUGAAUGGGUCCAAUCGACUCUAUCGCCAGACGCGCGGGAUUGUGUAGGUGCGCUCUGCCUGUUUCCAGCAUCUGGCAUCAAAAUCUCAGUACUUGCAGAAUACCUCCGUCAAGCGCCUCAAGAGGUGGCGAAUAAACUUGCUGCAGCGACAAUCACGGGCAUCAUCAAGAUUGAGAAGCGCGUCGCCAGUUUCACACAUGAUCGUCAGCGAUCCGCAGCUUAUCGUCUUUUGCCACAGGCCCAUCUCGCCGAUAUCCAUCAGCGAGUCUCCGAAUUUCUUCGGCGUCCUGGUUAUUUCGAAGCUCAUCCUUGCGAGGCGGCAUCUCAUCUCUUAAAAGCACGGCAUUUGGGCUCGAGAAAGGAACCGGAGGAAUCCGCUGCGAUACUGUUGCUAGAGUCCAUUGACCUGGUCGUCAAGUCGGCUUCAUUCACGUUUGCUAAAACGAUCCUUGAUGGCUUGAAACAAGUGUUUGACGAGACUGGCGGGAUGCGCGCAUGGAUCCAAAGAGGAAAAUACGACAUUAUCUCGAGGUAUCUUCAAAACCUAGUCUACACGUGUGGAACCUUGUCUCUCUUUGAGGAGUGUCAAAGUCAGCUCGAUGAGGCGCUGACAAUGCUCGAGUCAAGGAAGGAUCGGUUGGGAAUCAUUUGUAACAAGGCGGAACUGUUGAUUCGGAGCGACAGGAUUCAAGAGACACUCGAUUUGUUUUACAAUACUCUGGAAGAAUUUGAGUUGAACCCGGACGAUCCAAAGAAAUUGCAGAGAUGGAUGCCUGGCUCGUACGAUGAGAUCAUGAAGUGGGCAAGGCAGACCGUCCCGCUGGGGGACGAGAGGGAGUCGAUUUCUGAGUGCGAUGCCAUUUUGGCUCAGAUCGGCGUGCUUUACUGUAUCAUGAUUCCCUCGGUAUUCGGAACAGAAAGAUCGAGCCAGAUUUUCGGAUUCGCGCCUUCCAUCGCUGUCACAUUUGGUCGUCGGACCAGUUGGGCGGCGCAAAUGAUCGCGAGUGGCGCGCACGCCGCAGACGACCUGGAUCUGAAGCGUGGAUAUCUUGACGCAGCAUUGUGUAUCAACAGUUCUUCUGUGCCAGACCGCUGGAGCUGUCAAGCUUUAUCUACCAUCACGACUCAAGAGCACCACUUUUCGCCUCUGUCGCAUCUGGCCGACUCACUAGGUCGGACCUACGACCUGGCUGUUCAGACUGUGAAUUACGACCUUGCGGCAUACAUCCACGCUCUGGAAAUUGCCCUGCGAGCAAUCAGCCCCUUCGGCGAUCCGUCGUCGUUGGACUUGAUGCGAUAUCGCACGUUGCGACCUUUUUUGUCAAGGAGACAGCAGGUGCUGAUGAAACUACACCUUGAAUACUCGUACGCUCUACACGGACCGCCUUCAGACGAUCCCGCGUCAAUGGAAGGGGCUUUCAUCAGAGCUGGCGACUUGGACAUUGUCCCAAGGGUUACUUUUUGCAAGGUCAUCAACGGACUCUACAAACUCCGUCUAGGUGUUUUGCUCGACAUCAAUCUCGAAGACCUGUUGGACAUUGUCGAGCAGUCUGAAGAGUUUGCAAUCCAUAUGAGAUCUCUGCCUAUUCACCCAGAGUGGGCUUUUUUAGCCGCAAUCGUGAGGAUACGGCUCCGCAAGGAGGACGACAGUCUUCUCGAGCGAUAUUUUCAAGCUCUGCGGCAGUGCCGUGGAUGUCCCGACUACCAACUACGCAAGGAGAUGUUGGAGGUCAUGCUCCUGGUGACUGAGAGCGAGAAUCUCGACACUGCGGCGAGAGCUGAGGCACUCGUCAUCAAGCUGGAACGAGAGAACCAAUUUGCGCUGUCUGGAAUGCUCAACUUGUUCGUCGCCAAGCGAGUCAUUGAAAUCAGCAGCAGCCCUCGAUUGGCUCAGGGUUUUCUCAUCGGUGCGACAGCAUCGUUCACUACCGCUGGGUAUCAUCGAGUUGUCCGGAUGCUUCAUGAUCGAUGGAAUUUCUUACCUGCACCGCCUGAACACGUCUCGAUGUGGCGGAAGCAUGAUGGAGAGUCUGAACCAGAUCUCGACAUGUCGAACCAGGCGACGGAGCACACCAACUCGGCCCGACAGGCCUCGGCAACGUUGGAUUGGCUUCUCAUGUCGCGGGUGAAUAGCGUCAUGGAUUCGAGUAGAGAUCCGAAAGCAACUUUUUCUGGGUUGAUUUCGUUACUUUGUCAGUUCCUUCGAGCAGAUUUCUUUGCGUUUGCCAAGAUUGUCGAUCUGGAAUCGAGGCAAAUGGCUUGGCGAGUCACGGGCCGGCACGAUCAGCUUCAUUGGGAAGAAUUGGAUUUCUUACAGCCUCGAGCCGCGGCUUUAGGCCCAGUCUCCAUCGCUCUGCGAGUCGGGCAGACGUCAGAGGUCGUAUCCAAUGCGAAGAGCUUAGAAAAUGGACCGAUGGACUCUUUUUUCCACGGUCAAUCGCCACAGAUGCUGUACGCUUACCCUGUUCAACUCGCUGGAAAGCCAUGGGGCGUGUUCAUUCAUGUGAAUAUGAACUUUGCAAAUCACGCUACAGGCGUUCCUUCCGUCGCUGCGACGGUGUCCCACGUUGCAGGUCUGGCGGCGACUGCCUUUGAAAAGGUUGGUGGAGGAGGAGGAGAAGGUGGUGGUGGUGACACGUAGGGGUGAUGGAGGUGGAUCAGGGUGAAACAAUAAUGACGAGUUAUGAGUAUAAUGGAAAUCUGAUGAUAUAAUGUGGUGA